AUUUCUUAGAAAACGCUUUCUUUGAAGAAGGGGAGGCUUUCAUUCAUGCUAGAAGUUCAAUUUUUGGAAUCAGUGCCUUCCACAGAAAAUUUUUUGAUAGGAGAUAGGCAUCCUCUAGAAGUACGCUAGGCGAAUUUCAUUCAAUUUCACCAGAGAAGAUUCAAAAUGGCACCAAGUCAAAAACGCAAGUUUGAAGUCUUAAUGUACGAGUCAGAAUACAGACAGAUACAAGCUUGGGUUGAUAAAUAUCAACACCUUGAGACUGGAGGAGAUCUGUUUGGUUUAUGGAAAGACGAUCACACUCCAGUGGUGCAGCUCGUACUUGGACCUGGAAAACAAUGUAGACGUACUGGAGUAUCUUUCUACCAAGAUAUAGACUAUCUUGAGCGAUUGGGAAACGUAUUGACGAACAAGGAAGGUUUGUGUCAUAUUGGAGAAUGGCAUUCGCAUCACAAACUCGGUUUAUUGAGGCCAAGUGGAGGAGACGAGAAUACAGUCUGGACCAACAUGAAGAGAUAUGGUAUCCACCGAUUUUUCCUGUUCAUAGCUACCAUUGGUUCAUCAUCUUAUAAUGUGAACAUUGGUUGCUUCCUUUUUGAAAUCAAUCCAAAUACAAUGAGAAGAGAACCAGUUCUAAAAGGCGAAAUUGAACUCAUUGGGAAUGAGCCUGAGGAUUUAAGUCCUUUCCGAAAAAGUGUAGAAGACUAUCUUGCUAAUGGAGCUGAGUCCCAAAACUCACCACAAGCACUCGAGAGAUUCAAGUCAACGGGAAAACGAUCGUCCGAUAGUGAUUUUGUACUAGAUCACAAGAAGAAAAAAGUUACAAGAAAGAUACCCAUUGAUCAAGAAAUGGAGGAGUCAAACAAUGUCAACAAUCAGGAAAUCAAAUCAGAAAAUGUGAUUAAGGACGCAGUAGAGAAGUCCAAAGUAAGCCAAGAGAUAGAAAGUCAGGAGAACAAACUUGGUAGCGCACAGAGCAAGAAUGACAAUCUGCAACAUGAAGACCAGCAGGCUGACCUUACUGACGAGGAUAACAAAACAGAAACCCCAAAGGAUCAGCCUCAAACUCCAGUGUCAUCCGAAGAGAAAAAAGCGGUAUCAAGUUCUAGUGACAUGCCGAACAUAGAAAUAACCAAGGUACAGGAGAAUAACGACGUCCAGGCUGAGAAAAAGAAAGUCUUGCAUGACAAAGAAUCUAAUGAUGUGCAAACAACCGAAGAAAGCAGUUCAAAAGAAAUCAUACCAAACCAUAAAAUCAUAACUGUUAAACCGAUAAACGAUAACAGCAACGCUAACCCACCUCAGAAUGCCCAAGCUUUGGAUCAAAAUGAAGACCCUGGAAAAGAAUACACUCCUCCUUGUGGGCCACAACAACGUGCAAGUGAAAUACGCGCUGAUGAAUUUAAAGAUGCUCAGGAAAACGACGAAAGAAAGCAGUCAAGUGCAAAAUGUAGCGAAAUUGAAGAAGCAAAACUUGAGGGUGAAACGAUAAAUUUGCUUGAAGAUAAAGAUUUAGGUGAAGAAGAUGAAAAGAUGGCUUCUUGCAAAUAUUUUUGCAUUUCGAAAAAGAAAAAGAGUGGCAGACCAAAGAGAGAAAAGAAAGAAAAAGCGAAAGGAAAAUAUGAGAUGGAAGGUAUGACAAAAAAAGAAAAGAAAGAGCAGAAAAGGGUAGAGAAAGAAAAGGAAAAGGAA